UAAAAAGAAAUGAUAGCAAAUAAUAAUAACAUUUGUUUUUGGGACAGUGACGAAAGGAUUCAUUCGAUCGAUGCACUCAAAUCCUAUUACAUACAAACGAAAUCAAGCAAAAGCCCACAUUUUCUCACAUUCUCAAAUCUCAAUCCCAAUCUCACUUCUUCUUCAGUCUCUCUCUCUCUCUCUCUCUUACAAAGAGAGAUUAUAUUAUUUGGAUUAAAUAAAUCUCUUCUUCCUCCUCUGGAUCUCUUGUCGGCGGCAGAUUUUGCAAUUGUUUUUUUUUUUUUUUGGUUUGGGGUGUUCUGCUCGAAUCUGGGUUUAGUGUUUUUAUUUUGUCAUUAAAAGAACAGGUGGGAGGAUUGGGUCGGGUGGGUGGGUGGAGUAAGUAGCGAAAGAUGAGGCGUUGGCCGGUGGAUCACCGGCGGCGAGGUAGAAGGAGAUUGUCGAGCUGGAUAUGGUUUCUCCUUGCUUCUUUCUCUCUCGCUGGAUUAGUUCUCUUCAUUGUUCAGCAUCAUCACCAUCAACAAGAUCCAUCUCACCUUUUACUUGAGAGAGACACAAGCAUCGAAAAGGUAUCUCCUCCCCGUUUAAACAUCACAGAAGAGGUCACAAGUGCUUCCUCAUUCUCUAGGCAGUUAGCAGAGCAAAUGACGCUUGCCAAAGCUUAUGUUUUUAUAGCCAAAGAGCACAAUAAUCUUCAUUUAGCUUGGGAAUUGAGUUCUAAGAUCAGGAGUUGUCAGUUCUUGCUCUCAAAAGCAGCAAUGAGAGGACAACCUAUUUCAUUAGAUGAGGCGAAACCGAUUAUUACUGGUCUAUCAGCUCUUAUCUUCAAAGCACAAGAUGCACAUUACGACAUUGCCACCACAAUGAUGACCAUGAAAUCUCACAUCCAAGCCCUUGAAGAGCGUGCAAAUGCAGCCACCGUUCAAACCACGAUAUUUGGGCAAUUGGUUGCCGAGGCACUACCAAAGAGCCUCCAUUGUGUGAUGAUCAAGCUCACAUCUGAUUGGUUAACAGAGCCAUCUCGCCAUGAACUGGCAGAUGAGAACAGAAACUCACCUAGACUUGUUGACAACAACCUCUACCAUUUCUGCAUCUUCUCGGAUAAUUUGAUUGCCACCUCGGUUGUUGUCAAUUCAACUGUCUCAAAUGCUGAUCAUCCGAAACAGCUUGUUUUCCACAUAGUGACAAAUCGAGUGAGCUACAAAGCUAUGCAGGCCUGGUUUUUAAGUAAUGACUUCAAGGGCUCAGCUAUAGAGAUCAGGAGCAUAGAGGAGUUUUCUUGGUUGAAUGCUUCAUAUUCUCCUGUUGUUAAGCAACUGCUGGACUCAGAUGCAAGAGCGUACUAUUUCGGGGAACAGACAAGUCAAGAUACGAUUUCCGAGCCAAAAGUGAGAAAUCCAAAGUACUUGUCAUUACUAAACCAUCUCAGAUUUUACAUUCCCGAGAUCUAUCCACAGCUAGAGAAGAUCGUUUUCCUAGAUGAUGAUGUUGUUGUUCAGAAAGAUUUGACUCCACUCUUCUCCUUGGAUCUCCAUGGAAACGUCAAUGGAGCUGUGGAAACAUGUCUUGAAGCCUUUCACCGUUAUUACAAGUAUCUAAAUUUCUCGAACCCUCUCAUCAGCUCAAAGUUCGACCCGCAAGCAUGUGGAUGGGCUUUUGGCAUGAACGUUUUUGAUCUGAUCGCUUGGAGGAAAGCGAACGUGACUGCUAGGUAUCAUUACUGGCAAGAGCAGAAUAGAGAACGAACGCUAUGGAAACUCGGGACACUCCCUCCAGGUCUACUGUCUUUCUAUGGUCUUACAGAGCCACUGGACAGAAGAUGGCAUGUCUUGGGUUUAGGUUACGAUGUGAACAUUGAUAACCGGCUGAUUGAAACCGCAGCUGUGAUUCACUAUAAUGGUAACAUGAAGCCUUGGCUAAAGCUGGCCAUUGGUAGAUAUAAACCUUUCUGGUUAAAGUUUUUGAACUCGAGCCAUCCUUAUUUACAAGAUUGUGUCACAGCUUGAAGCAAAAUGACUUUGAGAGUUGAGACUAAUCCAUAUCAGAAGAUUCUUGAUUGCUUAUACACUUUGAAGAUUCUUUUUUUCUCUUUUUUUGGAAUAUUGUAGAUCUCAGAAAGUUUGUCAUACAUUCAGAAUGUCCUUCUGAAGACUUGUUGUUUUCUUCUUAUGGUCCGAAGAGAAACUUAUAAUCACACCUUAGAGGGUCCAUAAUGUAUUUACGGUUAAAUAGAUUACAGGGAUAAUUAUUUUUGGCGA